AUGACAAUACUAGUGUUUCUCUUGCCUAUGAUCCUACUGUUUGUGCUGAGUUUUUGGCUGGCCUGGCAGGGAAGCUUCUGGUGGCGUAAAGGCGUGGUCGGACCAUAUGGCUGGCCUCUGGUGGGUAAUAUGUUGCAGUUUGCACUGGGCCUGCGUUCGUAUGGCGACGUUUACUCCCGGAUGUACAAUGAGAACCCGACGUUGAGCUAUGUGGGGAUAUAUCGGCUGUUUAAUGAGCCCGCCAUUCUCGUACAGGAUCAACAGUUGCUGCAAGAAUUGCUCAUUGGUGAAAACUUUGAACAUUGUGCGGACAAUGCUAUAUACGUAGAUGUGAAACGGGACUUAUUGGCCGCCCAAAACCCGUUUAUAGCUUGUGGGGAAAAAUGGAGGAAACGGCGCGGAGAGCUUAUACCCCUUUUUACACCUCUUCGGUUACGACAGACGCUGCCGCAUAUUACUGCAGCCUGCCAACAGUUGCAUAAAUUUGUUGCUCACCAGCUGAACAACUGCGAUCGGUUUGAGACUAAAGAGCUGGCAACACGCUACACGCUACAGGUGAUUGCCUCAGCUGUUUUCGGCCUGGAUUCACAAUCUCUAAACUUGAACGCCAGUUCAGGUAAUAGUGAAUGGAUGGCAUUGCUGGGCCCUUUGUUUCAGCCCGGCUGCUGGAGCUUGACGGACACCAUUGCGUUGUUACAUUCGCCUCGUCUCGUUUGGCUUCUUGGCCAUCGAUAUGUUCCACUAAAUGUUCAAAAAUGGAUUCGUCGCCAAGUGGCUGGAAGGAGUGACGGUAAUACUUUACUGAAUUGUCUGAAAGACAAACAUGACUGUGAUAUUGAAGGACAUUCUACUACAUUACUAUUAGAGGGUUAUGAGACCUCUGCGACGUUGCUGGCUUUUGCUCUUUAUGAAUUGGCAUUAAAUCCAUCCAUUCAGCGACAAUUGCAGGAAGAAGUAGAUGAGGUAGCCCGAUACAAUGGGGGCCGAUUGCUGGAACCUGAAGCACUGGAUGCUCUGCAAUAUACAGAAGCCACGCUUUUUGAGACAUUGCGUCUACAUCCAGCCAUGCCUGCUUUGCUAAAACGCUGCACCAAGUCCUUUGUGUUGCCAAGUCAAUGUAAAGAGAAAGGAGAAAAUGACGCAAGACUACGUGUGCCUAAGGAUAUGGUACUAGUUGUGCCAGUUCAGGCCAUACAUCUUGAUCCUAUGCUUUAUCAGAUGCCCUUAAGCUUUCAACCUGAGCGUUUCAUGCAGAAGUCUCAGUCUGGUUGCCGUUUCCUAGGCUUCGGUGCGGGACCGCGUAUGUGCCCCGGUAUACGAUUUGGACUGGCACAAACUAAGGCGGCACUGGCGACACUUCUCCAAGACUACAACGUUCAAUUGUCUGAUAAAAGUCAGCCUGUCGAGAAAUCUAAUGUCACAUUUCUCACGGCCAGCAAAGGAGGCAUUUGGCUGCGGUUUAAUUGUCGUCGGGCAAAAUAAUUACACAGGCUUUUAAAGUUCCUGUGUUAAUUGUGUGUAGACAACUUACUUUUAAGAUAAAGCUGUGUAACACAUAUUUCUACUAAAGUUGUA